AACAGUUGAACAAGUCUUAAACACUUCUUACACAGGAUUUUGUUGGAUAUUCGAAGGUACUAGACUGAAUCGAAUAGUGAGAUGUUACGAAGCAGAAAAUUUUGGUUCCUUCAAAAAAGGUGGUUUCGAAAGUCGUCUCUAGAUUGCUCGUUUAAGGAUCUCCACGUAGAUGGGACAAAUAAUCAAAGCUAUGUACAGCAUACUGGAGGAAAGCCAUUGUUAUUCCGUAACAUAGGCCAACACUUACGAUUAGCAGUCGAACAAUAUCCAAACAACGAGGCUGUUCGUUCAUGCCAUGAAAAUGUAGGAUACACUUAUUCUGAAGUGAUGAACAAGGUAGAUCGGUUGGCUGCAGCCUUCUAUCAACUUGGCCUGGAAAAAGGUGAUCGCGUCGGAAUCUGGGGAGCAAAUAGCACCGCCUACUAUCUGACGAAGCUGGCAGUAGCUCGAGCUGGAAUGAUUUCGGUAGGUAUCAAUCAAGCCUCUCAGCUGCCUGAGCUUGAAUAUGCUUUAAAAAAGGUGGGAGUGAAAGCACUGGUUGCAGCAGAACGCUACCGUUCACAGAACUAUUAUGAAAUACUAACGCAAUUGCUACCCGAAUUAGUCGACGCUUCUCCAGCAAAACUUAAAUCUUCUGCUGUUCCGACGUUGUCAUCUGUUAUUGUUGAUUCAAAAACCAGCAAACUACCUGGAACGCUUUCGUUGGAUGAUUUUUAUCAGCUUUCAACAGAGGCAGGAGUGUCUCAAAUCGAAGCCUUACAACCGUCGAUUUCUCCCGACAGUGGUGCCUGCUUACUGUUCACCUCGGGAACGACCGGUAAACCAAAGGCCGCUCUGUUAUCGCAUUUUGGUCUGGUAAACAAUGGAAGUCACGGAGCCUAUCGGAAUGAGCUGGAACGUAAGCAGCAUCGCAUUUGCGUGCACGUUCCUCUCUUUCAUGUCUUUGGACUGGUACUUGGGACUAUGUCUGCGCUCAGUUACGGCUCCACGAUGGUUUUUCCUGGCGAAGGAUUCCGGGCUAGCGAAUCGUUGAGGGCGAUUGCUGAGGAAAAAUGCACCGUCAUCUAUGGAACACCGACCAUGUAUGUAGAUUUGUUAAACGAGUUCCGUAAGACGAAUGUGAAGCUACCGGCAAUAGAUAUUGCUGUGAUAGGAGCCGCCGCUCACUCUCCUAAGCUGAUCAUGGACAUCAGGGACGUUCUUGGAGUGAAAUGCAUUCGAGCGUCCCACGGAAUGACGGAAGUUUCUGGAGCUGCAUUUAUCUGCGAACGAGAGGAUCCAACGGAGGUAAGCUUGGAUUCGGUCGGUCGUUUGAUUGAUCACUCUGAAAUUAAAGUAGUCGACCGAGAUGGUAAUACAGUUCCCUUCGGAACACCUGGAGAACUGUGGAUUCGUAGCUAUGCAACGAUGCUUGGCUACUGGGAGGACGAAAAGAGUACCAAGGAGAUGAUUGGAGCUGAUCGUUGGUUGAAAAGCAGUGAUCAGUUCGUGCUGCGACCCGAUGGAUACGCGAAAAUAGUGGGCCGCAUUAAAGAAGUUAUCAUUCGGGGCGGUGAAAAUAUAUAUCCGAAAGAAAUAGAAGAUACGCUGAAUUCGCACCCUAAUAUUUUGGAAUCCCAUUGCAUCGGGGUCCCGGACGAGAGACUAGGCGAGGAAAUUUGUGCCUAUAUUCGACUGAAAGAACCAGUGGAGGACAAUUGGGUAAACUUAGAUGAAAUUAAACAUUUUUGCUAUGGAAAACUAGCACAUUUCAAAAUCCCGAAAAUACUUAAAAUAGUUCAAGGUUUUCCAAAGACGGCUUCCGGUAAAGUUCAAAAGUUUAAGCUUCUGGAAUCGUUUUUGAGCGAUAAAUGAAAGUAUUGCCCAUUCGACGACGACAAUUCGAAUUUAGCAACGAGUGAGCUCCUUUUGUAUUCUUAUCAUUUUUAGAAUAUACACAUUAUAUUUGUAAUUGAUAUGAGACUAAUUUACAUUUGAAAAUAAAAUUUACAAUAAUUUACAAUUACCAACUCAGGUUAAAAAUGAACCGGUGGGCCUGAGUGCCAAUCUGAUUAAUCUGUCAAGAAGAAAAUUGUACUGCAAAUGUAUAGAAAGUGUGAACAAUAUUUCUGGACUGCGAAAA